UUGUAGCGUUAAACCGACGAGAAUAUUCUCUGCCAUACCAUCCAUUUUGUCUAAUUCACCCGUUUCACUUCGAAUAAGGGUUGGAACACUAAAGAUCAAUACGCAAAUUAAAAGUAACACCCGUCGGUGAACAUACAACACGCACCGCCGUUGCGCUGAUUUUAAUGGACAAACUAAAGAAAGUUUUGAGUGGUCAAGAUGGAGACAACGACGACAUCAACAUUCUGCAGGCAGCGAAUGAAGCCUCCAGUCUCGGCUGGGGUAAGCGCGUGAAGGGCUUCGUAGCUUGUUUCGUCAUUGGAGUCGUGUGUAGUGUUCUGGGGGUCUGCAUGCUGUGGAUUCCAAGAAUUGGGCUAGCUCUGUUCGCCGUCUUCUACACCUUAGGUAAUUUUGCCUCUCUGUGCAGCACCAUGUUCCUGAUGGGGCCAGUCAAACAGCUAAAGAAGAUGUGUGAGAAGACUCGAGCGCUGGCCACUGCUGUCAUGCUGAGCGGCCUCGUGUUGACUCUGUGCGCUGCCUUUUGGUGGAGGAACAACGGACUUGCUCUGCUAUUUUGCAUUUUGCAGUUCUUAGCAUUUGCUUGGUAUGGCUUAUCCUACAUCCCCUUUGCAAGAGAUGCAGUGAUAAAGAUGUUUUCCAUGUGCCUGAAGUGAAGGCCACUUGGUGCAGUCCCCCCCCCAACGCCUGUCCCAAACCGCCAUGGCACCGUGCCACUUCAGGGACUGCCGAUUCCUUCUCUCCUAAGUUUCCACGAAGACAUCACUCCGUGGAGCUGAUGCCAGUUCCAAGAAACGUGCAGUCACCUCGCUGAACCCCCCUCCAAUGCUCAAAAGGGGUGAAAGAUCACAGAUCUAAUCAGUGUUCCCUUUUAGAAGAGUGACUGAAGCACUGAAGUCAUGGGUGGAGCACAGCUUGAACUAGGACUUUCUGACCCAUCACCUCCUUCACUCCCCCCACUCUUAAUUAGACAUAAUAGUUGUCACAUAUGCAUAGGUGAGUCACCGUACUGGCUUACAUGAAGGGCAACACUGAAAUACCACAGUUCUUGUUCACAGUUCUUAUAUGGUUGUGUAACUGUUUUUGGUAGCUGUAGGUCAAUGUGUGUUAAAUUAUGUGUGUUAGAUGAAAUUAGUAUGUUCUUUUCCAGGAGUCCCGCUACAGUAAACACUCGUCUGACCUAUCAAAACAAUCAGAUGGAUGUAGGUUACAGUAUUUGGUAAAGUGGGCUCUUGUCAUUUGCUGAUAUUGACUGUUGCUUUUUUAUAUACUUUUCUAGUUAUCUUGUUAGGCAGGGAAAAUUGCCAAAUUGCAACUUCAAGUACAUUUUUAUUCAAUGGAAUCUUAGCCAUUAAAGAAGUAAGGCAUUCUGAGGGAUAACUGAGGUUAAAAAAACACAAACCCAAUGCACCUGCUGGUCUAAUGGGUAGAUGAGUCAAAGUUACCCAACAUAUUGCUAGUGGUGAAAGUAUUGGGUCAAUCAUUAAAUUAUGAAGCCAUUUUCAUGAAUGGAGGGGAAAGAGAGCCCUGCCCCAAGCAUACAUUCCAGUGAACAUUUUCUUUAAUGUUCUGGGUACAUUUCUAGCAAAUGGGAUCCUGACCUUUUUCUAAGGUAUCAUCUUGUGUUUGUCGCAGUGUUUAGAUUUAAAUUGGGCUGGGAUGCAUUAGUCAUUUGAAGUGCUGUGUUGCAUGUAGAAAUUUGUAUCAUCCUAUGAAUUGUAUGACUUUUCUUUUCCUCGCAGAAGAUGUGACUGAAUUUAUCUUUGACACAGGACAGUGUCUUCGUAUAAAAUCAUUACUGUCAUAUCUUUUCAUUUGUCAUCCAAAAAUGGGAAAGGCAGUACUCUCCAUCCAUAGCUAGAUCACACAGGUUAUUCUAUCAAUUGGCAACCGUCCUAAUUUGAAUUAGAAUCUAAUCUAUUUUAAUCUAAUCUAUUUUUUGCUGCACCCCUGUAUCCUGGGGUUUGCAGUAUGUUGGGUACUUCUACACAGAGACAUACUUCCACAACCUGCACAGCCUCUAAUUCUGCUCUUGUAAGAAGAGCUGAAGUCCUUUCUCUGUGAUUGAACACCUCUGUGGCAGUGCCAUGACUUUUCUCUAGUUUACAAUGUCCUGUAAUUUUUUAUACAUUUAGUUUCCAUUAUUUAGUGUGUCCUAGGUGGUUUUAAGUCAUGUAGCGAAGUAAUUCCAAAUUUGUUUCAGUCAUGAAUAUUUUUUCAUAAAUCAGUAUGUUCAUUCUGUUUCUGUGACAUGGCUUCACUAAUAGCCAGGAGUGUGCUGAAAAGGCAACAUGGGCCUGUCUUAUCUCAUUCUGACUGUGGCACUCCUCUUUUUGGAGUGAUUCACGUUUUUAAAAAUAAUCAAACCUUAAUGCAUCACAAAAGAAUAUGAAUUACCUAGUUCA